AUGGUCUCGUUCAGCUGCGAGCAGUGCAACGACACGGUCAAGAAGCCCAAGCUCGACCAGCACGCAGGCCGUUGCCGUGGCGCCUACUUCACCUGCAUCGACUGCAACACAACCUUCGAGGGCACAUCGUACCGCGCGCACACGUCGUGCGUCUCCGAGGAGCAACGGUACCACAAGUCGAUCUACAAGGCGCCCAAGGGCAAGGGCAAGAAGUCCCAGCAGGGCCAGAACGGCGCACCCGCUCCCGAGCCUGCACCUGCACCUGCACCCGCACCCGCACCCGCAUCUGCGCCCGCACCGCCGGCCGAGGUCAAGAAGGUCGAGGCGCAGCCCAAGGAGGCCGAGCAGAAGAAGCGCGCGCGGGAAGACGACACCUCGGCGGCGGCGGCGCCUGUGGCCGACGCGCCCGCGCCCGCAGCGGCAGCAGCGGCGGACGGCGGUGCGGGCGAGCCGGCGCAGAAGAAGAAGAAAAAGAGCAAGAAGGCCAAGGGCGGCGAGGUCGGUGCGGCCGAGGCGAGCGGCGCGGCGCACGAGGCCGGCUCGACGACGGCCGCAGCGGCGUCCGCGGCGACGCCGUCGGUCAAGACGUUCCUGUCCGAGGCCGUCACGCCGCUCCUCGCCGGCGACAACGUGUCGCUCGCCGACGUGCGUGAGAAGGUCGUCGAGCAGGCCAAGGCCAAGGGCUUCAAGGUCGACGAGGUCGAGAAGGCGCUGUGGGCCGGCCUCAAGGUCGGCGGCAAGAAGCAGAAGGUCCGCGCCGAGUUUGCGUAG